AUGGGCUUGGAUUUUGUCUCCUUCUAUGUUGACUGGGCAUUGGUUGAGGGGACGCCGGGCCAAUAUAGGGCAGACGGGAUUUUCGCCCUUCAGCCGUUCUUCGAUGCCGCUAUGCAAGCUGGAAUUUACUUGACUGCUCGACCGGGGCCUUUUAUCAAUGCGGAAGUUUCCGGGGGUGGAUUUCCAGGAUGGGUGGCACGAAUACCGGGCAAGCUUCGCGAGGAUGACCCAUCAUAUCUCGAGUCCAUCACGAACUAUCUCUCCCACGUCGCCACGGACAUAGCCAAAGCGCAGAUUACUGAAGGAGGACCUGUGGUUCUCUAUGUACCAGAGAAUGAAUAUGGCGGGAGUAAGGCCUACAUGCAAUAUGUCAUUGAUAUUGCAAGAAACAAUUCGAUUGUCCUCCCCAUGGUCAACAAUGAUGGGGGUCCCGCUGGCAACUUCGCCCCCGGCAGUGGAGUGGGUGAAGUUGAUGUGUACGGCUUUGAUUUUUAUCCAAUGGGAAUCAAUUUCGAUUUUCAAGGUGGCUGGCUUGAUAGCUGGGGUGGGCCUGGUAUAUUCAACAAUGUCGAAUUGACUGACAGUGCAUUCGCGAGAAUCAUGUACAAAAACAACUUCAGCUUCAAAACGGCGCUGAUGAAUCUUUAUAUGACUUUUGGAGGCACCAACUGGGGCAACUUAGGAUUUCCGGGCAGUUACACUUCGUACGAUUACGCUGCGGCUAUUUCAGAAACUCGCAAUGUGACCCGCGACAAGUAUGGCGAGACAAAGUUGAUGGCGAAUUUCUUAAAGGUUUCUCCCAGUUACCUUGAGAGCGUACCUGACAGCAACUACACGAUGGGAAUAUACACAGACACCAAGGACGUCGCCGUGACUAGGCUCUCUUACAAUACUUCAGCCUAUUAUGUUAUCAGGCAGUCUAACUAUUCAUCAUUGAGCACGACCACAUACUGCUGGCAACUUUCCACGAGCACCGGCAACUUGACGAUCCCACAACUAGAUGGGACCUUGUCACUGAUUGGUCGAGACUCCAAAAUGAUAGUGACAGAUUAUAGUGUUGGUGAGAUAAACCUGGUCUAUACGACUGCUGAUAUAUUCACGUGGAAGAAGUUCGGUGGCAAGACUGUGCUCGUGUUAUAUGGAUCAGUCGGCGAGUACCACGAGUUCGCAAUAAGCACGUCAAAGAGAGCACGUGCUGCGGUGCUCGAGGGACACGAGUCUGACAUAAAAUCGCAGUACAUAAAUGGCGCUCUUGUGCUAGGGAUGCACGUUUCCCGCACUCGUUACUUGGUGCAAAUCGGCAAUCUCCUGGUGAUUCUUCUUGACCGAGUUACCGCGUACUCCUACUGGGUGCCUCAGCUCUCCACAGGUGCUACUUCCGUUAAGUAUGCCAACAGAGCCACUAUUGAGAAUUCCAUCAUCGUUGCGGGGGGAUACGUGGUCCGAACCGCGUCUCUGCAGGGGAGUGAGCUUCAUAUAUUUGCCGACUUUAACCGCUCUACAACACUCGAGGUUAUCGGGGUCCCGCGACAAGUGAGGUCGCUUUUUAUCAACGAUGAGGCCGUUACGCAUUCCAUCGGUAACAACGGAUUCUGGUCUACCCAAGUCAUAUAUAAAGCCCCAGAUCUAGAUAUCCCAUCGUUGCGGAGUUUGGAAUGGAAGUACAUCGACUCGCUUCCUGAGAUCCAGUCUUCAUACGAUGACUCGCGGUGGGUGGUCGCGAACCAUACCACAACGAAUAAUACCGUCCAACCCCUCUUAACGCCCAUGUCUUUGUAUUCGACUGACUAUGGGUUUUCUGCGGGUUCAGUCAUCUAUCGCGGUUACUUUACAGCCACUGGGAUGGAACGGAAGCUUGCCUUGUCCACACAGGGCGGUGACGCCUUCGGUAGUUCAGUGUGGCUGAACAGUAUCUACUUGGGCUCAUUUACCGGAAAUAUUAGCUUUCCAAACUAUGCGCCCAGCUUCAACUCAUCAUAUUCCUUGCCAAAGCUCACGGCUGGCCAAGUCUAUGUUUUCACUGUCGUGGUGGACAAUACCGGUCUCGACGAGGACUGGCUCAUGAACGAUGGAAUGAAAUUACCUCGCGGUAUUACGAACUAUGACCUGGGAGGGCGCACAAAAGACGCAGUUUCCUGGAAGAUUACGGGCAAUCUUGGGGGCGAGCAGUAUGCAGAUCUCGUUCGGGGGCCGCUGAACGAAGGGGCCAUGUACGCUGAACGUCAGGGAUGGCACCAACCAGAGCCUCCCAAUCGAAACUGGAUCUCAUCUAGCCCAUUUGAUGGGAUCAAGAAAGCAGGGAUUGGCUUCUACACGGCAAAUUUUGACUUGGAUAUUCCCUCAGGCUGGGAUGUGCCUAUGUCUUUUGUGUUUAAAAACACGACAUCAAGCGCUUACCGAACACAACUGUUUGUGAACGGCUACAACUAUGGAAAAUAUGUCAACAACAUUGGUCCACAGGUGUCGUUCCCAGUGCCUCAGGGGAUCCUAAAUUACAAGGGGAAGAACUGGAUUGCUCUCACGCUUUGGGCUCAAGAAUUGAAUGGUGCGAGCCUGCCGGACCUUUCUUUGGUGUAUGAGACACCAGUGAUCACGACAAUCGACGUUGAACCAGCGCCACAACCCGCAUAUUCUCUAAGGCCAGGGGCUUACUGA